AUGUCCUCAAUUUGUUCUGUUGCCAUCAUCAGUGGGCAUGGCAAGAUUGGCCUCUGCCUUGCCCACCUCCUCUCUCCCAAGUACACCAUCUCCUCAAUCAUAUGUUCCUCAACCCAGUUCCAGGAUAUCUUGACGACUGGUGCCCACCUGCUUCUUCUCUCCCUGGAAGAAGCCAGCAUGCAGGAGUUCACCAAGGCCUUUGAAGACAUCAAGGUGGACAUGGUGGUGUUCUCAUUUGGUGCAGGAGGGAAGGGUGGCCUGGAGAGGACCAAGGCAGUUGAUUAUGAGGGUGUGGUGAAAGUCUUUGAUGCUAUUGCGGCUAUGGAAAAGCCAGUGAGGUUGCUCCUGGUCAGCUCAAUCAACUCGCAUGACUGCAGCAAGCCUGCACCCUCACACUAUGUGAGAGGCAACUUCAAGUGGACAAUUGUGAGGCCUGGUUGGCUGAUCAAUAUGCCUGGAGUGGGGAUGGCAAGCAUAGGCAGGAUGGGAAUGAGCACCAGGAUUGUGAGAGAUGAUGUGGCACUUAUGCUUUCCCUCCUGGUUGAACAUCCCAAUGCUGCCAGGUUAGCACUGGACAUUGUAGGGGGAGAGACACCUCUCAAAGAGGCACUUGAUAAGGCCAUUGAAGCCUGUGAAAUGAACAUGUAUUGA